AUGUCGACCCCCAAAUCCGAAACGAGCUCACGAGCUCGAACCCCAAGAAGGCCUGCCGCUAGAGGGAAAUGGAGUGAGGAGCAGCUAUUGACGAGCGACAAGUCCCUCCUCAUCGACUUGGAUCUAGUGAAACUUCUGGCACGACCUGAAGCAUGGAAUUUCCUCGAGGAAAGCGAUAAGCGCGAAAUACUCGCUCUCCUCCCCCCAGACGUUCACCCGGAGGCACAGGCUACAUCAGAUGACCCAGACGCAAAAAUACCACCCAUUCCAGACUCUUUUAUCCGCUAUUCAAACAACUGGCGCGACGGCGUUCGACAGUUCCAGCUCGACCUCCAAAACGGCCGCUACGACCCCGAAUGGCUACGCCAGGCGCAGGAAGCCAGGGAGCAGCGUGAAAAGGGCGACUUUGAUGACUUCAAAGAGCGCGAAUAUGAGCAGUUCUGGGGACAAAAACAAAAAGCGGCCUGGAGAGCACCAGCCGGAGAAAGUGCGCGCGUGAAGAUGGGAACUCUUAUCGAUGAAGGCGUUAUUCAGCUGGGCGACAUCUGGAAAUUCUACUACGUUUACGGUAGAGGCCCUGGCAGGAUUGUUAUUGAAAAGGAAGUCAGGGUUCUUGACCGCAAUGGGGUUAAAUUGACUUUUGCAAUCCCACCUGGUGAACGAGUCUUUCUUCGCAGCAAUUUUUACAAUGCAGAGCCAGUUUCAACGCCACAAAAAGGGAAUGAAGAUGUGAAAAUCGAUAUCGAGACACAGCCAGAUCCAGUGAAAUCCUCUUGGAGUGAUAAACAGUUGAAACACGAGGACCCAGAGUCACAGGUUACCAAUACAACUUCCAAUGGCGACGAGAUGAAGCUCGGCACCGAUCAAGUGUUACAGGAGGUUUCUCCACCUUCCAAUGACGAGAUCAAUCUCGAAAUCGACCAAGAGCCACAGGAGAACCAUGCUUCUUCCAGCAGCGAGGAAAUGAAGCUCCAUAAUGGUCAAGCGCCACACGAGAUCCCUAAAUCUUCCACUGACGAGAUGAAGAUCGAUACCGACAGUGUCACCGUCACAAAGCCAGUCAUUUCACCAUCAACUGUGGAAGAGAGCCAAAAAGAAACUCCUUUCAGCGUUGUUAUUUUCAGCCCCAGUGGUACGCAAAAUAAUAAACCCAAGCGCACAAUUCCUGAGCCUGAACCUCAGCCCCCAAUGAAACGAAAGCGAGGACGACCACGUAAAAACCUAUCAAAGCAACCCAAACCGGAGCCGCCUCGAGAGCCGGAGGUGCCCCAGGAGAUAGCAGUGUCCCAAGGCGAUGAACAAAGUCCCACCGCUACUCUCUCCUUCAUGGACAUCGUGGCUGCCAAAAUUCAAGAAAACCACAAAGGUGCAGCAGAAGCCUCCCACCCAAAGCCCUCGCAGCCAGAAUCCCCUUUUUCGGUGUUUUCUUCAACCCCUGCCCUCCCAGAGCUCCUUGCGCCAGAGUCAUCUACGUCGGUAGAGGAGUCGUCUAUUGCUAAUACCAACGGCAAGGGUGACAAAGUAGGAUUCUUGGAAGUGUCCACGGCUCAGUUCGAUACACCUGCGGAAAGCGUCGAGGCACCCGUCAAGGCGCCCGCUAAGGUUGAACAGGACGAAAUCAACAACCCCCCAGGCACUGAACAACAGAAAGACCCAGUCCCAGCUCCAUCUCAAACUACUGCCAGUGAGUUUGAUGAGAUUAUCGUCCCCAAUCUCCCCUCUCCACAAGCACUUGUCCAUAAGAUUUUACAAAUCGACGGUCGCAUGCCGAACGGCCGUACAGCGAAUGCCUGGAAGGAAAUUCGGUGCUACCGAAACAACCAAGAUAUGGGUAGUCUCUUUGAUGUGCGAGAGGCUUGGUUCCUCCAGCAUGGACGACUUGAGUAG